AUGCCGAGGUCGACACCGGUGGCUAGCGAACAGGUCGACUUUGUAAUGAAGCUUCUCGGGAACACAACCAAGCAGAUCACUACGGCAACUUACAUCAAGCUGGCAUGGGCUGUCGUCAUUUCCUGCAACACUGGCAGCAAUGACACUGUCUUUGGCAUUACAGUCAAUGGCCGAGGUGCUCCUAUCGACGGGGCCGGUGAGAUGACCGGUGCAACCAUCGCCACCAUCCCACAGCACGGGUGCAUUCUCCGCGUCUGGUCUCUCCCUCGAAUGCCAGCUGGCAUGAUCAGUCGGGAGCGCGUGCAACGGCUGCUGCAGCACCUCGAACUUGUCUUGCAAGACCUCAUGGCCGAUCCCUCAUGCAAAGUCGGCGAUUUGCCUCGGAUGAGUCGGCAAGAGUGGGAUCAGAUACAGCGAUGGAGUGGCACUCUGCCACCAGUCUCGAGGCAGUGCGUGCAUGAAAUUGUCAACCAACGUUCUCUGCAGUUUCCCAAUGCAUGUGCGGUGUCUGCUCCCGACGGGGAUCUCUCCUACGCCGAGCUGAUACGUUCUGCUAACGCCGUGGCGGCUGAACUACUUGUCCACGGGGUCGAACGGGGCAAUUAUAUCCCCGUGUUGUUCGAGAAGUGCAAGUGGUCGCCAGUGGCUAUGUUGGGGGUUCUGAAAGCAGGCGCCGCAUUUGUCCUCCUUGACUCUUCCUACCCUCCCCAGCGUCUCCAUACCAUCUGCGGAGGCUUGAAGACCCAAAUCAUACUAUGCUCAAAGGAUAUGUAUGCAAGAGCAGCCUCGCUCGGCCCCACGGCCAUAGCCAUUCACGAGAAUGCCGCAUUCCUGGCGGAUAUUCCCGACGUCACUUUCCCCGUUGUCAGCCCCGAAAACGCAGCAUACGUGGUAUUCACAUCCGGGUCAACAGGUACCCCAAAAGGCGCUGUUAUUGACCAUCAAUCAUAUUGUUCCGGCGCUCUAGCCCACAACCGCGCCCAUGUCCUUGGUCGCAACUCGAGAGUGCUACAGUAUGCUUCCUACGCCUUCGACGUCAGCAUUAUGGAGACGCUCAGCACACUUAUGGCGGGCGGGUGUGUCUGCAUACUCUCCGACUUGGAGCGUCAUGACCACUUUGCCAAUUCUGUUCAGAGGUUGGCCGUCACCCAUGCAUUUCUGACUCCUUCUACCGCCCGACUGCUCAUGCAGCGAGAGCUCCCGUCGUUGUGCGUGCUCGUCCUGGGUGGCGAGGCAAUGUCACUGGCUGACCGCAGCUACUGGAUGAGCCGGGUUCGGUUGAUGAACGAAUACGGUAUUGCAGAAUGUUCCGUGGCAUCUACCAUCAGGGAGGUCUCGCAUGUCGAGCAAAAGGAUAUUGGCUUCCCGAUGGGCGUCGUGGCCUGGGUUGUCGAUCAGAACGACCACGAGAAACUAGUGGCCAUUGGCGCAACUGGGGAGCUCUUGCUUGAAGGGCCCUCGCCACCUGUCGGGCGUUCAUCGAGCAACCGGGCUGGCUCCGGGCGGUGCGCAAUGGGAAGCCAAGCCGGGUCUUACAAAACCGGCGACCUGGUCCGGUACAACGAGGAUGGCUCAUUGAGUUUCAUAAGUCGGAAGGACUCGCAGAUUAAGAUCCGCGGGCAGAGGUUCGAGUUGGAGGAGGUUGAGCAGCACCUCCGCCGGAUCGAUGAGAUCCAGGAAGCAACGACAGUCGUUGCCGCGCCUUCGGAUAGGCCGAAGCAGCCAUAUCUGGUGGCGUUCAUCGUCCCACGAGCCCGCGAAUCCUUCUGUGUCUGCUCUGCAAGGGCACUCAUUCCGCAUCCUACAGAAGAAUUCCGCCUCCAGGCGGCAACCAUUCAAACCAAACUGCACUCGAUCCUCCCAGCCCACAUGGUGCCGGCAAUCUAUCUUCCAGUGAACCGAAUGCCAAAGACAAGCAGCGAUAAGAUUGACCGUUGCCGACUGAAGGAGGAAGUGGGGAAAUGGUCUUGGUCUGAUCUGCGGGCGUACAGUGUCUCGAGCAUGUCCCACCGGGCUCCCUCCAACCGCGUCGAGCAAGAUUUGCAGCGGGUGUGGGAGCAGAUCCUGGGGAUCCUUCUGGACAGCGUUGGCGUUGAGGACAGCUUCUUCCACCUUGGAGGAGACUCCAUAAUUGCCAUGCAAGUCGUUGCCGAGGCGCGCUCCCGUGGCCUGGAUCACUCCGUCCAGGACAUCAAUCAACUCAAAACUAUCAAAGCCAUUGCCAACAAGAUCGGCGAUGUACAGAGGGCAGCAAUCAAGUUGGUCCAAAACCACGCAAUGCUACGGGCUCGGUAUGUCCGGCAGAAGGACGGAGCGUGGAAGCAGUUCUUCACGGGCUACACCGAGCAAUGCUUUCGUUUCAGCGUGCAUCAGGUCAAAUCCGCACAAGAGAUGCGCCAGAUAAUCGGCGAAAGUCAGACCUCGCUGAACCCGGAACAUGGCCCAGUCUUUACUGUGGAUCUAUUCCACCAUGGCGGAGAGCAGUCCCUUCUCAUGAUUGGGCAUCACUUGGUCCUUGAUCUUGUCUCGUGGCGGAUUAUCCUGGCUGAUAUGGAGGCGAUGAUUCUUGACCCUCAACACCAGCCCCAUCUCACAAUGUCUUUCCAAACAUGGGCUCAUCUGCAGGCCGAGUACGGCACACGUCAUCUGGAACCGCCACCCGGUCAGCAGCCCUGCAGUAUCGACGAGCCCUCCAUGCGACAGUUCUGGGGGGCGGAGAACAACGCAAACACAGGGGGAGACUCCAAGACCAGGUUGAUCCGUAUGAACGACGACCUCACGAGGAAGCUCUUUGGCCCAUCCAGCCAGGCUCUGGACGUCGAACCGGUUGAGCUCCUCCAUGCAGCCAUCCUCUUCUCUUUCGUAAACACCUUUCCCCAGCGCCCUGCUCUCGUCAUCUUCGGCGAAGCUCACGGCCGCGAAACGUGGGAUUCCUCCGUCGACGUCACCCGCACGAUUGGCUGGUUCACCACCCUCUGGCCUGUGGUCGCACAGGUAAACCCGUCCGACAGUCUCGAGACGGUUGCACGGACCGUGCGGCAAGCUCGACGGGCGAUGGACAUGCACGGGUGGACGCAUUUCACAUCAGUAUACCACAACACUCGGCAGACGAAACGCAGCGCCGGAGCGCACUUGAUGGAGAUUACCUUCAACUACGCGGGAAAGUUCCAGCAGGUCGAGCAGGACGGUUCUCUUUUCCGCAUGGAGCCGAUGGCCAAGCAAAAUCUGUUUGAUGGCGCGGCCGAGUUGGGCCGAUGGGCCAUGCUCGAGAUCAAUUCGGUUAUCCUUAACGGCCUGUUGGAGUUUCAUGUCCCCUAUAACCGCGGGACGGAUGAGGCGAGGGUUCUGACUCCGUGGAUGGAUAACCUGGUGAAAUGCCUUGAAGGUCUCGCCAGCGGUUUCGCUUAG